AUGGGCGCUGUCUAUCCAUAUGGGCAGCUGGUCCGUUCUGCGGCCCGAACUCAUGUCUCGUGUGUUCCCCGGCGAACAAUGACCUCAACAGCCAUUCGCUACGAAAACUCAACUGGGAAAAAUAAUGAGGGUAUCCUAUCAUCUGUUAAAAACUGGGUUUUUGGAGGUGAAAAGAAGCCCAAGGUCGUCCGCGUACCUACCGCUCCCAAGCGCGUGGAGGCUGGGUUGGGUGAGAACUCCAUCUUCUCGGAACAUGGUGGCAAUUCAUCUGGUCCCAAACCCGUUCGCAAGGACAAUGGCGAUGAGGAUCUAGAAUCGGUACCGUUAGAGAAACGCGAGAAGGAGCGUCUACAAAUGGCCCUGAACCCCAACCCUAUCGCCCAACUACGAUGGGAGAAGAAGAUGGUCCUCCGCGAAAUCCGUAAACGUGGCCGUGUUCCUAAAGCUGUAGAAAUCAAGCGCACAGAACGUGAGUCGCUCUCAAAAUCUCACUGGUUCAAGACAUCGGUGAAGAAGCUAGGACCAUUGGCCCGACAGAUCGCGGGCAAGAACAUCGAUGAGGCUAUCUUGCAGAUGCGCUUCAGCAAGAAGAAGGCAGCCAUAGAUGUUCUCGGUCACUUGGAGCAUGCGAAGAACGUCGCCACAGUCCGUGCCGGCAUGGGCCUCGGUGCUGAGGACGACAAGCCGGCCAAACCUAUCACUGUCACCUUCAAGUCUGGUGAACGCCAUAAGAUCGACAACCCAACCUCCAUUUAUGUCGAACAAGCAUGGGUGAAUCGUGGCCCUUACGGAUUUGGUAUGGAUCACCGUGCCCGCGGUCAGAUCUACAAGCUGCGUCCCCCGUCCACUGGUCUCUCAGUUGUGUUGAAGGAAGAGAAGACCCGUAUUCGUGAGUGGGAGGAUCGCGAGGCCAAGGCACUGCGGAAGCGGAAAACUCAGCUUUGGACUCAGCUUCCAGACCGAAAGAUUUCGGCUCAAAACCAAUACUACAGCUGGUGA